AUGAAAACUUUCGGUGUAGUGUUGGUGUGUAUGUUAGGGUGUUAUGUUGCUGCUGAGAACAGUAACACAGAUCUAGCUGAUAGAUUGAAGGCCCUUGAAGACGAACGUGCCAAACUUGAGGCAGAGAUCAAUAUUUACAGAAAAAAGGCCAAACAUCUACUUGAGAUCUUCCGGGACGUUCUACACGAAGAUGAGGAUAAUUCUUCGGAUCAGUCAAUGAGAAAGAGACAAUUGGCUUGUGAUACAGCAGCUGCCCAGAUCGCCUUCCACGCAAGGAUGCAAAAUCAGAGGGAAUUUAGCUCGGUUGACGAAGUCAUUACCUUUGACGUGGUACACACUAAUAUAGGGAACGGUUACAACAGUUCUACCGGAAUAUUCACCGCUCCUCGUCAGGGAAACUAUCAACUUAUGGCUACCGUGAUGGCGACCGACGGAAACUCCACGGACGUAGAAAUGGUCCGAUCCUCCCACUACCCCUAUACAAUCUGUAAUUCUCGCGCGGGCACAUCUCAUUCGUCCAUGGGACUUUGUGUUGCGUUUGUUACUUUAGAAGAAAACGAAUCCGUUCGGGUCAGACAUAACCGUCGUACCCACCAGGUACUGGCUGGUGGAAAAUAUUCAUCUUUUUCUGGACACCUCAUAAAUAAUUAA